AUGACACGGCGACUUUGCUACCUGUUUUUGUCGUCCUGGUUUUUGUUGAGUGUGGAUAGUUUAGGUACAAUUGAAAUGUUUCAGAAAUCCUGCCAAAGCCCGAUUCACGGAUAUCUAUUCUGUUCCUUCUCUGUGACCAAAAAUUGGGAUUUCUUGAAAUUUCGAGAAUGGAGCGAUAGCUUUCCGGGGGAAAUGAAAAAUGUAGAACUCUACAUCAACUGCGAAAACGGCGCGUCUGUUUUCCUCCCCUGGCCGAUGCGCGCCCGAAGUCUGCAGGUUUUGGACAUUCAGGGCUGCAGCAUUCAGGGAUUUUAUAACGAGUAUGAGAAUCCUGCAAAUUACACGGACAGCAUUGUAGACUUAAAGAUGGCGGACUGUGUGAUAGAAGAAAACCUUAAUGACCACAUCGACCGAAACCUCAAUAAACGACCCAGCAAAAGCUUCGCGUGCGGCCAAGAAUCUGUUGUCGUCAUGGAUAUAAAAAACGUCACGUCGACGUUCCCGCGUAUUCCAACGGGACCCAAAGUAGCCAAAUAUCAAAACGUGAAGCAAAAAAAGUACUCCUGUAUUUACAACCAUAUGAUUUAUUACGAGGAAACGCUUCAGUACAGUCGGGAAAAUGACUCGACCUUCAGUCAUUAUCCCGUGCUUAAAGUCGCUACAUUUUCCUCCAACAAUCUGUCGACUGUUCCUUCUAAAGGCAGGGACUGGCCGUCAUUCUUCCCAGUCCUAGAGGUGCUUGAUAUCUCUAAUAACAGCAUCACUGAUUUUUAUUUUGAAGAUCCAAAUGAAAACCGUACCCUUUACGUUGAUAUGCGUUAUAACUCUGUUGUCGAUGUACCAACGAACAUGACGUCAUAUUUACAAGAAGCUCGUGCCGUUAUUAUUGACUUGCGUCACAACCCCAUUCGAUGCGGUUGCAGUGUUUUGAACUUCAAAGAAUAUCUGUUGGAAAUCCAAACAAGAUUUCCAACCUGGUAUAAUGGAACUGAGGUUUACUGCGAGACCCAAGAACAGAAACUGAUAUUGAUAACAACAAUCACCAUGGAAACAUGUACUACCGAUAAAUAA